GAUGGUAAUCUGUUUUCCUUUCGACUUACCUAACCUUUUGGAUGCUUUACCUCAAACACUCUAUUUAGGUUAAUUAACAAUCUAUAAUCUCUAAAGGACCUGGGCCCACAUGUAGUGAAGGGUAAAAAUGUAAAAAUAAAAUUCAAAAGAUGAAGGGCCAGAUCACCUUUAUGAAAUCAAAGGGGAAAACAGAAACACGGAAUUAAAUACAAUUCCUAACUAAUUCCUAAUUUAUUAUACUAGUUGUGUAGUUCACUAAACCAAAGUAAUUUUCGAACCUGAAGGCUGAAGCUUAGGAAGGAAGUUCACUGACAGAGAGGUCUCUUUACUCUUAUUCUCUUGUCUAUAUGCCAUAUGUGCUCUGUCCUUGCAUAUCUCUGCAAACCAGAGCUUCACUGCCAAUGUACGAGAUUAGUAAACAGAAAGGGAAAGAUCAACUACAAAGAUAACGUAGCAGGAUCUUCAUUAUUGGAUUGAGUUUCGAAUCGAGUUGUCCCAAAUCCAAGAUGUUCAAGGUGGGAAGAUGGAGGAAUGAGAAGAUCAAAGCUGUAUUCAGGUUACAGUUUGAAGCAUCUCAGGUGCCAAGUUCCAAAUUAAAGCUGAUGAUAUCUGUGGUUCCAGUGGAUGUUGGCCAACCAACAGUUAGACUGGGCAAAGCUGCGGUCCAAGAUGGGAUCUGUACAUGGGAAAAUCCCGUAUACGAAACAGUUAAACUCACAAGGGACACAAAAACAGGAAGAAUUCAAGACAAAAUUUACCAAUUUAUAAUUUCGACUGGAUCAUCAAAAUCUGGCUUCGUGGGAGAAGUGUUUGUUAACCUUGCAGAUUUUGUUGAUGCAACAAUACCAUCCACAAUCUCCCUGCCAAUUAAGUCCUCAAUCGCUGGAGCAAUUCUGCAUGUCAUAAUUCAGAAUAUGCACGGAGCUGCUGAUCAAAGGGAGCCUCAGAGGGAUAUUGAAGAAAGUAGAGCAUCAAUUGCACAGGACGGUAGCUUGCAUAGUCAAGACAGCAACUUUCAACUAGAAGGAAACAUGAUUUAUGAUACCCAUGAAGAUGAGUACUACAACACAGUUAACUCUCUAGACAAUGAAGGCGGGAAAAACACAAGGAACGUAAAUACGUUGAAUUCUCUAUUUGAACAGAAAGAAAAUAGAGACCUUCAGGAGAUCAUCAGUGACCAAUCACUCUACGAAAAUAAACCUGUAUCAGAAGUCCCUAGUCCUGUACACAAGGAACAUCAAAUGAGAAGACCCCUCACGCUGGAUUGGAGUUCAGAUGAUGAUAUAAUAAACUAUGUGGACACUAGUGAAAAUAUUUCGAGAGAGCAAGAGCAAGAGCCUCCCAAGAGUCUCGUUGAACAGCUCAAUAGAGAGAUUUUUUCUUUAAAGAGACAGGCAGAGGUAACUGAUAUAGAGCUAUUGUCAAUAAGGAGGCAGGUUGUGAAGGAAACCAAAAGGGCACAGGAAUUAACGGGCCAAGUGGUUAGGCUAAAAAAGGAAAGAGAUGGAUUCAGAAGGGAAUCUGAAAACAUAGGGUCAAAGCAAAAUGGAGAAAAUGGCGAACGUCCAAAGGAAAUGGGAACUCAGGGUAAGAAAUCGAGACACCGCCACAAUGAAGGUGAUGAAGACCUGGGUCAGGUAAAGGAUUUGAAUAGGACCCUUCGUUCACAGCUAAGGAGGACACAAGAUUCAAAUUCGGAACUAAUUCUUGUGGUGAGAGACCUUGAAGAGAAGCUUGGUAAAAAAGAGAAGGAACUAGCCAAUCUUAGCAGAAAAAUGAUAAGUGACAGGAAACAAGAAGAAUUUGAAAAUAUAGAUUCUGACCAUGAGCUGUUUGGUGACAAACAAGUAGAAGCAGCACAAAGUCCAAACAGAGAUUCUAGAGAAAUAAAGCUCUUGCAACAACAGAUCAUGAACCUGCAAGGUGAAUUAGAGGACCGUUUGAAAGAGAACGAAAAGCUUCAGGAGCAGAUAAAAAAGGUUUUCCAAGAUUGUGAGAUUGCGAAGAGGGAAAAUGAUGAUCUCUCUUCAAAGUUUAACCAGAAACAGCUAGAUUUGAUUAAGAAAGAAAGAGAGUGCACGCAUAAUAUGCGAACUGUAGAAGAACUUGAAUCUCACAUAGCAAGGUUGGAGAAAGUGAUUCAGAACCAAGCAGAAGAAUUCUGUGAAUCUUCAGAAACAAUUCAUGACCUUGAAACCCAAUUAAACAGCUUGAAGAAUGAACUGGAAACGCAGGAAGCAGAAUUUGAAGAUGAGCUUAAAGCAAUGAACGAUGCAAAAGUUGAGCUCGACCAAAGAACCCUCCAAGCAGAGGAGAACUUGAGAAGAACAAAACUAGAUAAUGCUUCAGCAGCCCAGAGGCUACAAGAGGAGUUUCGAGAACUUUCUGAAGAAUUAGAAAUAAAGUUCAAGGAAAAUGAAAUUUUGACCGCAACAGCAGAAGCUGAGGCCAGGGAACUACGUCUUCAUGUGAACACUCUUGAAGAAAAUGCAGAGAAAGCUACCAAAGAACUUGAGCUAGUUCAAAAUCGAUGUAAAUCUGAGGUGGAAGCGCUUUCAAGACAGUUGAAAGAGAAAGAGAGCGAACAUGAGCAAGUAGUACUCGCACACAGAGAUGAGAUUCUGGAGCUUAAAAGUAUCAAAAAGAAAGUAGCCGACAAAUGUGAAGCCUUGUCAAAAGAGAAUCAAUCACUCAGAAUGGAAGUCGAAAGGCUUACAGAAGAAAAUUAUUACUUCUCAAAGAAGUUAGAAGAGAUGACGACACUUGUUGAUGAGACAAAUAAGUCUUUUCAGGAAACGAAGAGAGACAGGGAAGACCUAGAGACUAAAUAUACCUUGGCGAGGGAAGAAAUUAAACAAGCACAAGAGGAACUGAAAAUCCUAAAUUCCUUGAAAGAAAAGGAAGGUGUGAUGGCUGAAGUGCAAUCAGAAUUAGAAACGCUCCAAGUUAGGCACAAUGAAUUGAAAAACCGACUGACUGAAAUGAAAUUGGAGAAUGAGAACCUCAGAAAGCAACAAACCAGGCAGAAGGAAAAUCUACAGAAGAAGGACCAUGAGAUAUCACACUUAGAGAAGGUCAACAACGGCAGCUCCAAAGAGGUAUCUGCUCUUAAGGAGAAAGUAAAACAGCUUAAGGCAGUCAGACCCUCUGGAAUAUCUGCUGAGACGCCUGAGAGUGGUAGCAGGAUGGAAGAAAGAAAACAUAUGGCGAAAAAAACACAGCAGUCAGCAACUUCAGUCAAGUCAUUGCAAAACGAGGCCAGCAGAAUAGCAGGGGAAAGAAGAGAAACAUGCAUAGAAAAGAAAGUCUCUGAUUCUCAAACCAGUGAUAUUCUAACAGAAUUGACGUUACUGAAAGAGAAGAACAAAAUAAUGGAAGAUGACCUCAAAGAAAUGCAAGAGAAGUAUUUGGAGGUCAGCCUGAAGUUUGCAGAGGUUGAAGGUGAAAGGCAACAACUUGUAAUGACCAUUCGCAACUUAAGGAAUGGGCAGAAGAAAUAGAUUUUAAUACUAGACAUAAUUUAGAUAGAAAAUGGAGAGAAACAAUUGACAGAUAUGAUUAUUUAUAUUGUGCACCAAGAAGAAAAACCACAUUCAUUAUUUAAAUUCUUUAGUCGGAUGUAAAGCUUACUAUAUGUCUUCUUAUGUUAGUAAAUGGUGAUUUGGCUUCCUGGAAACGCCAAAACUCUGUCAAUGACUGAUACAGUUCUGGUGGUCCAUCCUUAUCUAACACCCCUGUGAGGGUGGAGUUGGCGGCUGGGAAUAGUUAGGCAAAGUAUCUUCAAUAUUAAUGAUUAAUAUUUUGCAAGCA